AUGAAGUUUACUACUGCUUUAAUUGCGGCUUUUGGUUUUUCCGCCGUUGCUAAUUCUAGUUUAAUCCAACGUGGUUACGAUGACGACGACAGCUAUCCAACUCCAACUUACAAUCCUCCUCAACAACCAGGAGUCACUUCUUUCCCCAACAGAUUUGCAUUAGGUGCUAAAAUUGAUGGAGAUGUUUAUGUUGUUUUUGAAUUGGGUGAUGGUCAAGUUGAAUAUGGACCAAAGAAGUAUACUGUUCCUUGUGUUACCCCAACUCCAAUUGUUGAACCUUGUGAUACUCCUUCCUCUACUCCUACUAUUGAACCUUGUGAAGAACCAACUCCUGAGCCAAUUACUUAUACUCAUCCUCAUCCACACAAACCUUGGAAACGAGAUGGAUUUGAUUUCGAUGGUGAUGAUUCAUGGUUGACUUUUGAUUCCUCAUAUGGAUAUGAUUGGUAUACUUUAAGAAAUUCAGUCUUGAGAGAUUCUAAAUAUAGAACUGGUGAGAUUGUUGCUAAUCAUCAAUUCCAAUUUGAUUCUCCAGUUCAGCCAGAUGCAUUGUAUUCUUCAGGAUUUUCAAUUGUUCAUGAUGAUGGAAGUUGGUUAUUGGCUUUGAACGGUAAAACUACAUUUUGGGAUUCUCCAGUCAAUGAUAAUGGAAUUUACAAGAUCUACAAUGCUCCGAUAAAUCCAAAAUCAAGAAGGAUUGAGCUUGUUGUCAUUGUUCUUGUUUGA